CCACCCCUUCGCUAAAGCAAAUAAUGCUGACUCCACUCAGCUUUCCUUAGUUGUAUAGUUAUCAUCUGGGAAAACCUUCCCCCUCUAGACUACAGCAGUUAAAGGAAUAUUUGGAAUACCAAAGUAUUUUUUGCAGCGAUUUCUUUCUGUGAUCUCAGUUCUCCAAAAAUUGAUCUGAAUUUGGGUCCAUCUGGUCUCAGGAUUGGAAAACUAUUCUCAAAGCAGAUCAAAGAUGUUUGUUAUGAUCAAAGUUCAAUUCUUCAUCUUCGUUCUAGGGAGAGUACCUUUCGUAGCACUUGUGGAAGAAGCAAGCACAGUUGUAGAGGGAGAAGAAAGUGCAACAACAGAUUUCAGAAAUGACACAGAACUUGAAGAAUCACCAACCCUGUUGCCCACAAGACUACAGAGCGUAACCAAUCUCUUGCAGUUUGGACAACUGAUGACCACAGAAAGUGCAUUUGCCCCAGCUGAAGACAGUGAUAAUUCUACUGGUUAUGAAGGCAACACAGAAAAUACUGAUGGUGGACUGAGUGGGGAGCCAGAGAAAGCUGAAAAAGGUGGUCUGGAAACAAUUGCACUGGUUGGAAUAAUUAUUGGAGUAAUAGUUGCAGUUGGAAUCCUUGCAGGAAUCAUCAUUGCUGUUGUAAGGAAGAUGUCAGGCAGGUACUCGCCCUGAAAACAGUUGAAACAAGCAGCCACGCUGUUCUACACCAGAAAAAUACAAGUGCUUCUUAUAAAAACUAAAGACUAUUCCUGUAUCUGUGUGAGAAGAUGAUCCAUGGAAAAUACGGUUGAAAAAUUCCAGAUCUAUGGGGAUCCCACACAAUACAGACUCCCACUGCCCCAGACUACAGAGUGUGGAAUAUUUCAUAAGGUUUUUACUAACCAGGAGUUUAGUAGAAGCACAAAAUGAUUAUACAGUAAGAAAAAACCCAGCAGCAAUGAGAUUUACAUCUGAAAUGUGAUUUGCAGGUAAUAUAUGUAUCCUAGCUUUAUU